AAAGUCCCUUUUAUAGCAAAUAAGUAGGAGGUUUUGAGGGCUGUUUAUGAGCGCAUUCCAUUGCAGUGUCCUUCAGCGGAGCCAGAGCUCAGCCAAUCCUAAUUAAGAAGCAAUUUCAGCUGCAGUCAUUGCUUAUUAUAAUAAUUGUGACAUUUUUAUAGCCCUACAUUGUCUUUCUCAAAGUAACGGAUUCAGGAGGAGUCCUUUUCUGAGUAGAGUCCACAGAAGAGGUAUUCUAUUGAUGGGCUUAGGUCACGAGCAAGGAUUUGGAGCCCCUUGUUUAAAAUGCAAAGAAAAAUGUGAAGGAUUCGAACUGCACUUCUGGAGAAAAAUAUGUCGUAACUGCAAGUGUGGCCAAGAAGAGCAUGAUGUCCUCUUGAGCAAUGAAGAGGAUCGAAAAGUGGGAAAACUUUUUGAAGACACCAAGUAUACCACUCUGAUUGCAAAACUAAAGUCAGAUGGAAUUCCCAUGUAUAAACGCAAUGUUAUGAUAUUGACGAAUCCAGUUGCUGCCAAGAAGAAUGUCUCCAUCAAUACAGUUACCUAUGAGUGGGCUCCUCCUGUCCAGAAUCAAGCAUUGGCCAGGCAGUACAUGCAGAUGCUACCCAAGGAAAAGCAGCCAGUAGCAGGCUCAGAGGGGGCACAGUACCGGAAGAAGCAGCUGGCAAAGCAGCUCCCUGCACAUGACCAGGACCCUUCAAAGUGCCAUGAGUUGUCUCCCAGAGAGGUGAAGGAGAUGGAGCAGUUUGUGAAGAAAUAUAAGAGCGAAGCUCUGGGAGUAGGAGAUGUCAAACUUCCCUGUGAGAUGGAUGCCCAAGGCCCCAAACAAAUGAACAUUCCUGGAGGGGAUAGAAGCACCCCAGCAGCAGUGGGGGCCAUGGAGGACAAAUCUGCUGAGCACAAAAGAACUCAAUAUUCCUGCUAUUGCUGCAAACUGAGUAUGAAAGAAGGCGACCCAGCCAUCUAUGCCGAAAGGGCUGGCUAUGAUAAACUGUGGCACCCAGCUUGUUUUGUCUGCAGCACCUGCCAUGAACUCCUGGUUGACAUGAUUUAUUUUUGGAAGAAUGAGAAGCUAUACUGUGGCAGACAUUACUGUGACAGCGAGAAACCCCGAUGUGCUGGCUGUGACGAGCUGAUAUUCAGCAAUGAGUAUACCCAGGCAGAAAACCAGAAUUGGCACCUGAAACACUUCUGCUGCUUUGACUGUGAUAGCAUUCUAGCUGGGGAGAUAUACGUGAUGGUCAAUGACAAGCCCGUGUGCAAGCCCUGCUAUGUGAAGAAUCACGCUGUGGUGUGUCAAGGAUGCCACAAUGCCAUCGACCCAGAAGUGCAGCGGGUGACCUAUAACAAUUUCAGCUGGCAUGCAUCCACAGAGUGCUUUCUGUGCUCUUGCUGCAGCAAAUGCCUCAUUGGGCAGAAGUUCAUGCCAGUAGAAGGGAUGGUUUUCUGUUCAGUGGAAUGUAAGAAGAGGAUGUCUUAGGAGGGGGGCACCCAGAAGUAUCGAGCCAGAGCUAUCCAAAGUGGUCUGCAUUUCUACUGUAAAAUGCAAUUUGAAAAAAAUAAAACGCAAAAAAAGAAACUGUAAAGGAAACCAAGAGAUUUUAAUUUUUUUGGCCAUUUUUUCUUCAUCAAUUUUUUUUCGGUCUCAACUUUUAAACUUGGUUUAAGCAUUUGAUUUGUAAAACAGUAAAUAACUGUAUCUUUCCAUAGCUUUUCAAAUGUGAAAUCAUUUAGUUGGAAGCUUGGAUCUCAUUAAACUUCAUGUCUCUAUUCCAUUUGUGCCACACACUUAAAAGUUAGUGUACUGAAUGGAAAGAUGAGCAUUUCUAGUUCUACACUUCUUUUUUCCCCCUCAUGUGUAAAAUGAAAAGGAAACUAAAUUUGCCCUAAUACCAAGGCGCUACGUUUAUUGCCUCGUCUUAUUCACUGACCUUUGUAAUGAUACACAGUGAAUUCUUUUUGACAAAGAGAAAUGCAGUGUAGUAUGCAGAGCUGCUGUUUUAAUGCCUAUGUAUUUACUCUUUCCUGAUUUAGGCAGAGGUGGCAUUUUCUUUGUUGCAUUUCUCUAUUUUUUUAAUGUACCCUACCUUCAGUAUUCUCUUUGUAAGUUGGUGACUUCCAUCUGUGGCCUUGAAUAUUUUAUUAUCACAUGUGGCAUAACAGUAUCCACACUUUUUAGUUCUUUAUUUUUUUUUUAUUUUGAGCAAUUCUCCUGCUUCAGCCUCCCAAAUAGCUGGGAUUACAGGUGCAUGCCACCACACCCAGCUAAUUUUUGUAUUUUUAGUAGAGACGGGUUUUCACCAUGUUAGCCAGGCUGGUCUCAAACUCCUGACCUCAGAUGAUCCGCCUGCCUUGGCCUCCCUAAGUGCUGGGAUUACAGGUGUGGGAGCCACCAUGCCUGACCCACACACUUUUUACUUGUAUAGAUGAUUUUUGGCUUGGACAUAAAAGCCAAGCCACCCAUUUGCUUUUAAUCCAAAGAACAUGUAUAGUUUUUGUACCCAGAGACUAUGAUUUAUAUUGAUUGCACUUGCCUGCCAUGAUUUAGAUAAGAUUUUUUUUGCAUGGUUUUUAUUCUUUCCUAAUGGAGCCUGUUUUAUAAUACUUCCAAGCCUGUCCAUGGAUAUAUCAAAUGUCUUCACUUGUAUAUUUUCAUGGCUAGGUAUUUCUAAUGUUUAUUUUUCCCUGUGUACUUCUACACAUAGCUAUGCACUAUGAAAAUUAAAUGGAAUGAAUGAUAUGUAUAUUACUCAAAAUAAAGUUUCUUUCACUUUAA